AUGCAGACAAUAAAAUGUGUAGUAGUUGGAGAUGGUGCGGUUGGUAAAACAUGUUUAUUAAUAUCAUAUACAACUUCAAAAUUCCCAGCUGAUUAUGUUCCAACAGUUUUUGAUAAUUAUGCAGUAACAGUAAUGAUUGGUGAUGAACCAUUUACAUUAGGAUUAUUUGAUACAGCAGGACAAGAAGAUUAUGAUAGAUUAAGACCAUUAUCAUAUCCAUCAACUGAUGUAUUUUUAGUUUGUUUUUCAGUUAUAUCACCAGCAAGUUUUGAAAAUGUUAAAGAAAAAUGGUUUCCAGAAGUACAUCAUCAUUGUCCAGGAGUACCAUGUUUAAUUGUUGGUACACAAACAGAUUUAAGAAAUGAUGAUGUUAUAUUACAAAGAUUACAAAGACAAAAAUUAUCACCAAUUACUCAAGAACAAGGUGAAAAAUUAGCAAAAGAAUUAAGAGCUGUUAAAUAUGUUGAAUGUUCUGCUUUAACUCAAAGAGGUUUAAAAACUGUAUUUGAUGAAGCUAUUGUAGCAGCUUUAGAACCUCCUGUUAUUAAAAAAUCUAAAAAAUGUGUAAUUUUAUAA